AUGCUCUGUGCUUUGGUGGAAACUGACACUGAGGCCAUGGGUGUGUCAACACUGGCUCAUAGUCUCUUUCUUAUAGAUUCAGAGGCUUUUCCAGCUGGGAGGACUCAAUGCCUUGCCAGACACAGGGUCCUCCAGACCCCCAAGCUCUUGCUUCCAUUGGCUGGCCUGCAGAAAGGAGCUCAGCUGGCAGAGGGUGUGCAGGCUGGGAACAGAGCCCCUAACACCAUGCUGGAGAGGACCAUGAUGAAGCUCAGCAUCUCAGGCCAACUGUUCUCCUCCAGAUUCUUGGGUUGUAUGGAGCCACCAGAGCCAAUGGCAGGGGGAAGACACAGCAAAUACAACCCUGCGAGCUUUGCCCUCCUCUGCUCAAGAAGGCAGGUGAGGCCCAAAGGGCACUGCAGGACACAAGCCCUGGUGUCACCUCUGUUGAUGCAGUUCCAGGCAUCUGGUCCUUCUGGCAACAUGGAGGCAUCCAAAUGUGAUAUCUGGAACCACCAUAUUGAUUUGUUUGUCCCAGAGCUGACUCUACCUUGCUCCUUGGGAGCACACCCCGGAGCUAGGACGCUCUUCCAUGCACUUGGACAUCAGGUGGCCCCGAAGCUAACAGAAGUUCUGUGUGGUUGACUGAUGAAACUCAAAACAGGCCAUGCUUCCAUCAACGGAUAAAUGGAUAAACAAAAUGUGGCCUAUCCAUACACUGGAAUAUUGUUCAGUCAUAAAGAGAAAUGAAGUUCUG